UGACGCACAGUAAUGGCGGUGCCCUUGUUAGAAUGGGGACUGUUGUUGGUCAUUUAUUAGCCAAGUUACUGUGAAUUAACUGUGGAUUCGUUGAUUACUGCGUCGAUCUGGUUCCAUUACGCGCGGACUUGAUGUUAAAGUCUGGCACAGCAGGUCCCUCCAGUGUUUCCUCUCCUCAGCCAAUGAAGGACUCAAAGGAGAGUUUGUCCAUGUCUGCGCGGGCGGUUCUGGACCACAUUAAACCGUGCUGGUACUGGGACAAGAAGGACUUGGCCCACACGCCGUCCCAGGCCGAGGGCUUGGACCCGGGGACAGAGGCUCGCUACAGGAGAGAAGGAGCACGUUUUAUCUUUGACGUGGGCACUCGCCUCGGCCUACAUUAUGACACACUGGCGACUGGCAUCAUAUAUUUCCACAGAUUCUACAUGUUCCAUUCAUUUAAGCAGUUCCCCAGAUAUGUGACUGGUGCCUGCUGCCUGUUUUUGGCCGGGAAAGUGGAAGAAACUCCAAAGAAGUGUAAAGACAUCAUCAGAACAGCCCGAGAGCUUCUGAACCCUGUGCAGUUUGCCCAGUUUGGAGAUGAUGCAAAGGAGGAGGUGAUGGUGUUGGAGAGAAUCCUGCUCCAGACAAUAAAGUUUGACCUGAUGGUGGAGCACCCGUACAUGUUCCUGCUGCGCUACGUCAAACAGCUCAAAGGGGACAAGAAUAAAGUCUGCAAAGUACUACAGAUGGCAUGGACCUUUGUCAAUGACAGCCUGUGCACGAUGCUGUCCCUGCAGUGGGAGCCUGAGAUCAUCGCCGUGGCCGUCAUGUAUUUGGCCGGACGUCUCUGUAAGUUUGACAUCCAGGAGUGGACCACGAAGCAGCCGUCCAGACGCUGGUGGGAGCAGUUUGUGCAGGACGUGCCCGUGGAGCUGCUCGAAGACAUCUGCCAUCAGAUCCUGGACCUGUACUCUCAGGGGAACAAGCCCAUCCCACAGCAGAUGCAGGAGAGAGAGAGGACCUCUGCUCCUCCUCCUCCAGUGCCACAGGGACCUCCUCCUCCCCCCAGCAACCCCCCACCUCCUCCACCAAAGAAGACCUCACCACCAGGGGGCAGUCCUGCGCGUCAGCUCAAACGCACACAUGCCUCCCCUAAAGAAGAACCAAAGGCUCCAGAACAAGUUGGAUCAAAAAUCCCGCGUCUGGAGAGCCCCAUGCCGCCCCUGCCUUCUCCCCAGCCUCCUCCUCCGGAGCGCAAGGCCCCGGUUCCUGCCCCUCCCACUGAGGCCGAACCAGGAAGUGAAGUGGCUCCUCCCCCUCCUCUGGCCCCGCCCCCUCAGCAGCCUCCCCCUCUGCCCCACCGCCCUCCUCCCCCUCCCCCCUCCAGCUACGUCAUGUCCACCACGAGCUCGUACAUGUCCGGGGAGGGCUUCCAGAGCCUGCAGUCCAUGAUGAAGACUGACGCGCCCGCCUACCCGCCCCUGCCCCCCGGGUACGCUCCCCCGAUGCCGCCCUACCACCACGUCUACCCGCCCCCGACCCCUCCUCCCCCGGGACCCCCGCCCUCCACGUACCCCCCUCCGCCCAACUUACCCCCGGCGUUCCCCCCUCCGCCCGGGUACAACAGCUACCCGCCUCCCCCUCCUCCGCCCAGGAUGGCACACACUCACGUACCCCCUCCGGGCAUAGGCCUACACCCGCCCGGGUACCCGCCCCCGCCCCCCGUGCCCGGACAGUCGCCAGUCCCUCACCCCCCUCCUCCACCGGGUAUGCUGUUAAAUCGCGGAGGCUGGAUGAGAUGAAACCGAAAUCUAAAAACUCUGUACAACAUUUUGCAAAUAAAACGCAGGAAGUCGUGUUUUGCCAUUUUCAAAAGGGCACAGGACGUCAAUGCCAACUUGAAUUAGGAAAAAGGCUUUAAUGAUGCAUUUAAAAGGUCCAUAUUACGCCAUUUUUCAUCUGUGAUAAUGUUUUCUCGUCAACAAACAGACCUGGGGUUGUGUUUUGUUUCAUUCACAUGUUUAACACACAAACCUGCACAUUUAGACUCUUUUCUCUCAAACUGAAAACACUCUGUUCCACUUUGGAAAUACAGGAAGUGCUCCACUGUGUUUUUAUACUCACUAGAAUCAUUUGGAAGAUUUGAAGCCCAGAAUUGCCAAUCUUUGUUUUGAGAUUUGGAGAUAUUAUCAGAUUAAUAACACAGCGUUACUUAAACGUGCGUGAAUGAAACAAAACACAACUCCAGCUCUGUUUUUGAUUAUAACUUGACUUAACGCUCAUAAGAGUUCAUUUUGCGUAAUAAAAGGACCUUUAAAGAACUUGAUGGGUACAAUAUGAUGAAUUAUUUCCUCAUUCAGUAGAACCACGAAACAUCACAAGUUAAAACUGAAGCAUAUUUUCUGCAAACUUUGUUCAUUGUUAAUUUGUGUUUUGAAUUUGACUGUGACCCUGCAGUUGUUUUUUUAAUUUUUAUUAUUAUGUUGAAUCUUUAGCUGAACACUGUCUCUCAUUAGCUCUCAUAGAAGUCGCCUUUAAACUCUCGUUGUGUUCCAAUAGUAUUUCAUCGAAUUACAAACAUCGCCGGUCAGCCCAGAGUUUUCAGUGACGUCACAUUUGGACCACAGGAAAGGCUGAAGACGGAGCGUUCGAUAUGCGAAAGCAAAUGCAAAAUAAAUAUGGACUUUUAAAGGUGCACUGUGUAACUUUUCAGGUUAGGGGUCUAAAUUUGGAGAAAAGAUGCAUUUAUUUGAUUAUGGCUUUGCUUAUUGCACAAAAACGUCUUUAAAAACAUGUAUUCUUAGUGCGAGUGGGGUCGCCUCUUCACAGAUCUCACCUGUAACUCGCCCUGGUGGUGUCUCCUGCUUGUUUCUACGGAGACUGAAAAGUUUAAUGUCAUACUUUAGAAUACUGGAGGUAAAGCAAUAACAUCUCCAUGGAGACAAGUAACUGGGGAGCCCUCUACUAGAAAAGUCACACAGUGAAACUUUAAUGUAUGUUUCCAAGACCAAAAAAUAUAUAGUUUUGAUUUGUCAGAUUGAAAAAUGUGGCAUUUUUGCAUUUUUUUUUAUACAGUAUAUAUUGGACUAUGAAUGCUAUGCUUGCUUAAAGAUGCACUCUGUAACUUUUAAGCUGGGGGUCCAUCACCUGCUUGUUUCUAUGGAGAUGUCAUUGCUCGGUCUGGAAUGUUCCACAGUGUGACAUUAAACAGCUCGACUUGACAUUUAUUCUAUUCCAGGUGGUUUUGUGUGUCAAAAAUACCUAAAAAAAAAAACAGAUACUCUGAUUGUGAGCGGGGUCGCCUCUCCACAGAUCUGGCCUGUAACUUGAUCUGGUUUGGUCUCCAUGGAGAAAAGGAUUUGAUGGACGCUCCCCCAGAAAAGCUACACAAUGCACCUUUACGUCCCAAUUUUUACCUACUGAAUGUCAAAUUAUUUUCAUCUUUAUUUACAAUUGCCAUUGUCUCCUCGUCUUUUGAACACGUUGUUUUGAGGAUGUGACGUUGCAGGAAAACUCUGGGUGGGACCAUCCUUGUGUAACACUGGAUUUUGGGGCAUUUUGUACAUAUCUGCUUUGUUCAUGUAGAUUAUUCGAGAUUCUCCACUCUGUGCCUUAGCCUCCUCUGUGCUGAUCGUGCAGUUUCGGUUUGUGUCAACACUUAGGACAAUAAAGACCUGCUCUUUCCUA